GUCCUCAGACCCUCCUGUCCUCAGAAACUCACCUGUCCUCAGACCCUCCUGUCCUGCCGCUGUGCUGCUGCCUCCCUCCAGCAGGGGUCGCUGUCUCUCUCCGCUCCGCUCUCUUCUCUCUGCUUCUUUCUCGUCGUCGACGCGGAACUCGGAGUGUUUACCUCCCCGCUGGCUCUCUUUGUUCUGGGGGCUCCGAGUGCGGAGAAGCCGCAGAAUGUGCGCCGUGCAGCUGCUGCGGGUGUCGGUCCAUGAGCGGAUCAGCGCCGCCGCUGAAGACUUUCUGCUGCAGCUGGAAAAAGGACAAGAAGCGGCGGAGCUCCCGGCGCUGAGAGCGCUGCUCACCGAGCGGCUAACAGCGGCUGCGGAGGAGAUCGUCGGUCUGUUGGAGGAAACCGUGGCGGACUACGAGGACCGAGUGGAGCGAUCAGAGCGGGAGAUCUGCCGCCAGAGGAGGCUGCUGGAUGCCGUGCUGAAGCCCGAAGUCCGGCUGUACCGAGCAGUGGGUCCUGCAGAUGCCCAGGAGCUUUUGGUGAAUAAAGACGAGAUUCAGCAGAAGUGUAGCUCCAGUCUGAACCAGCAGGACCAGGAGCCGCACAGAAUCAAAGAGGAGCAGGAGGAACUGUGGAGCAGUCAGGAGUCAGAGCAGUUCCAAGGCCUGCAGGAAACAGAAGUCACCAAAUUCACCUUCAGUCCUGUUUCUGUUAAGACUGAGGAUGAUGAAGAGAAACCACAGUCCUCACAGCUUCAUCACAGAGACUCUGUGAAAGAACCAGAACCAGAUCCAGAUCGACGCUUGCACCCAGUUAGUGAAGAUAAUUCUUUGGACUCUACUGAGACCGACGACAGUGACUGUGAUUGGACACAAACUAACGAAGCCCAGUCGGGCACUGAGGACAUUAGGAACAGUGAAGUCACUGGUGACCUGCAGUCAGCAGUGAAGGAGAGACCGUUUCCUUGCUCAUACUGUGGGAAAAGGUUUAGCCUCAAAGGAAACCUGAACAGACACAUCAGAGACCACACAGGCGAAAGGCCUUUUCCCUGCACAGACUGUGAUAAAUCCUUUAAAGACAGUGGGUCGCUAACAGCACACAUGAGGUGUCACACUGGAGAGCAACCAUACAGCUGCUUAUUCUGUGGGAAGAACUUCAGCGGCAGAGGAAACAUGACCCGACACAUGAGGAUUCACACUGGUGAGAAACCCUUCACCUGCUCUGUCUGUAGUAAAAGCUUCCAUGUGAAAGAACACCUCAACAGACACAUGAAGUACCAUACUGGGGAGAAACCCUUCAGCUGCUCCAUCUGUGGGAAGGGCUGUGCUCAAAAGACUGACCUAAAGAAACACAUGAGAGUUCACACAGGGGAGAAACCAUUCAGUUGCCCCUUCUGCGGGAAGUGCUGUGCAGAGAAAGGAGACCUGACAAAACAUAUGAGAGUGCACACUGGAGAGAAACCCUUCAGCUGCACAAUCUGCGGGAAGAGCUGUGCCCAGAAGGGGAGCCUGAAAAUCCACAUGAGAGUUCAUACUGGAGAGAAACCGUUCAGCUGCUCCAUCUGUGGCAAAUGUUUCACUGUCACCGGACACCUGAAGAGACACAUGAAGCUGCACACAGCCGACAGUCACCCGAGUGAAUCUCCAGGUUCACAGGCAGCCAAAGUUCAGACUGAAGGUAAACCUGAUGAAGGAGCGAACACAUCAUGAAGAAGAGGUGCAGCCAAGUUCAUGCAGCUGCUCUGACUGUCACAGCAGGGUUAAAGAUGAUGAGAAAAUAUUUAUCAAUGAUGUUGAACUUGAGAUGAGUGGUGAACAUCUUUAAAAAAAUUCCAGUAGAACCAGAUGAUCAAACCGCCACUCUGCCUUCAUUGGGAACCAAACAGAGUGUGAGGAGAUGUUGGGAUUGUAGCUGCUCUCACAAGUCCAGACAAAAGAUCGCUGAUUGAGUGAAGUCUGAUUUUGUGGUUGCUAGUUUUGAAAAGUUCCAAACCUUGUUCACUACAGCUUCAAAGAGUCAGAAGAACCUGCUGCUGCUGCUGUGUGAAUGCAGAGUGGCAACAGUGAUGGUGGCUUUGCACAUGUUGGAAUCGCGACUCCACAGCUUUAACGGUCAUAAACAAAAGUGUGCUUGUAAAGGUUAUGUAUAUCUUGGCAGUAAUAACAUUCCAUUGAUUUCCAAACCUCCUAAUUUUCUACGAUGAAAUCAUUGAAGUGCAUUAAUCUUUGUCACAAAAAAAAAAUCAUGUUUUUAAUGUCUUUUGUCCACUUUUACCUUAGUUGGGUUCUUUUGGUUUCCGACCACAAGCUUCUGGUUGUAUCUCUGACUUGUUUCUUUAUUGCAGUCCUCAGGUUGUUGAUUCUACAAUUCUACAAUUUCAUUUAGCAGACGCUUUCAUCCAAAGCAUCGUACAUCUGAGAGUAGAUACAACACAAGCAAGGAAUUGGGUUUUAGUCAGGACUUUGGGGAGACCAGUCUAAAACCUUUAUUCUAGCCUGAUUGAAACAUUUCUUUAAGACGUCUGAUGUGUGUUUAGGCUUAUUGUCUUAUUGAAACAUCCAACUGUGUCCAAGAUCAACCUUCUGCUGAUGGUUUUAGGUUUUCCUGAAGAAAGUGGAGGUAAUCGUCCAUCUUCAUUAUUGCAUUUACUUUCGUGUAAAGCACCAGUUCCACAGAGUAUAAUACUGCCACCACCGUGCUUGAUGGUAGGUUUGGUGUUAUUGGGGUUAAAGGCCUCACUUUCUCUCGUCCAAUCAUAUUUCUUCUCAGUUUUUGUUCCAUCUGACCACAGAACUUUCCUCCAGAAGGCCUUUUCUUUUCCAUGUGAUCAGCAGCAGACUUGAGUGGAGCUUUAAGGUUCUGCUUCUAGAGGAAGAACUUCCUUCUUCAUGGAUCCUCUCAGCUCAUGUUGAUGUAAAACCCUGUGGACACUGACAGCUGUUUGUUCCAGCAGCUUCUCAUUCAUUCAGACCUGCUUUCUGAUGAUUCUUGGUUGACUCUUGACCAUCCUGACCAAUCGUCUCUCAGCAGCAGGUGAUAAUUUGUGUUUUCACUCUGAUGGUGGCAGUACUUUAUACUGAACUGGUCAGGAUAAAGUUCUGACAAACAUAACUUUAUCCUGACAAACAGAUGAUUGUGGGAUCUGAUGCUACUUUGAAAUGGCUCCAAGUGACUUUCUCACUUGUUCAAGUCAAUGAUUUGCUUUUUUCAGAUCUUUGCUGAGGUCCACAGACUUCCCCACUGUAGUGUUUGAGUCUAAUGAGUUCUAUUUAAAUUGGCCUGGGGGAGUCAGCAGCUGUAGUCAAAUUUAAUCACUUAGGAGAGGUUAAGAGGCCAUUAAGCUAAGAAAAUAUGAUUAACACAGCUUUCUACAUCACCAAAACAGAAAAUUCAAGUUGUUGGAUGUAUAGAUUUACCUUUAAUAAAUCUGUGAUUGUUUUAUGGGUUUUUUUUGUUUGUUUUGUGGCAAAGAUUCGUGUAUUUCAUUGAUUCCAUCAUAGAAAAUUCAGACUUAUAGAAGUCAGUGGAAACUAAAGACUGACAUGAUAUACGUGGACUUUCCAAGUGUAUAUAAACUUUUGUUUAUAGCUGCACUUCAGUAUUUAAUAGUAAACAGUGUUUAUUGACCUCAUUUGUGGUGCAUUUCUGUGCCUUUCAUGACAAAGACAAAGAAGGUGAAUGACAUGUUGAGGCUGCAUGAGAUUGGUAAAACUGAUGUUGCAAUAUCUUGGUUUUUCUGUGAUAUGAACAGAACUUAGUAAAUAUAUUAUGGUUUCACUGACCAAAUGUAGUCUGUGGUUAAAGCACUUCAGCCUGGUUAACUUGUUCACCAAAUCAUGUUUUGUUCUGCAGACUGGGCGUCUCUCGUCCUGCUGCCAUGUUCUCACUUCAGGAUCAUCAAGAAAAAUGUAAACUGGGUCAUUCCAAAUACAGUCAACCAAAUCAAACCUC